CUCCAUUUUGAUUCUGCGGUGUGAGAUGAGAAGAGCGUUGCUAAGUUGCUGAAUCGGAUUUAUAACCCGAACAGGACUCAGACAGAGGGUGGUCUGAUGGUCCGAGUGUUUUGAUUGGUCCGUGUGCUCCAUCUCGCUAUGGCGCGCGCGCUGGGGGCGGUGCUGAGGACGGUGGCUGGUGAGGGACGCGCGGUGUUAAAACCCGGCGGAGUGUCAGGACUGAGGCCUGUCCUGCUCCCAGCGCUCCGGCUCGCGCCUACACUCACCAGGGAACUUAUAGAGCUCCGGCUCGCUCCUGUACCGCGCUGCGCUCUGUUCAACAGGUGUGCUGCUACACACUGUAAUCAAUCCGGUAUAAGGAUGCCAGAAAUAAACACAGAUAAUCUGGAUGAGAAGCAGGUCCGGCUGCUGGCUGAGAUGUGCAUCGUGGUGGACAAGAACGACCGGGAGACGGGAGCGGACACUAAGAAGAACUGCCAUCUCAACUCCAACAUCAGCAAAGGAUUACUGCAUCGUGCUUUCAGUGUGUUUCUGUUUAACAGUGAAGAAAAGCUGCUCUUACAGCAAAGAUCUGAUGCCAAGAUCACUUUUCCAGGGUGUUUCACUAACACGUGCUGCAGUCACCCUCUGUACACACCGCCCGAGCUGGAGGAGCAGGACGGUGUCGGGGUGAGACGAGCUGCCCAGAGGAGACUAGAGGCUGAACUCGGCAUCCCCAUGCAUCAGGUGCCUCCGGAGGAGAUGACGUACCUGACCCGCAUCCACUACAAGGCCGAGUCGGACGGGGUGUGGGGCGAGCACGAGAUCGACUACAUCCUGUUCCUGCAGAGGGACGUGGAGCUGCAGCCCGACCCCAACGAGGUGAAAACUCACCGCUACGUCUCUAAAGAGGAGCUGAAGGAAAUGCUGGAGCAGGCGGAGAGAGGCGAGGUGCGAAUCACGCCGUGGUUCAGUCUGAUCGCCAACACCUUCCUGUUCACGUGGUGGGACAACCUGCAAAACCUCAAACAGUUUACAGAUCACGAGCACAUCCACCGCAUGUGAGCAUCACCUGCUGCGUCAAAAUCUUCGUUUCAACAGACCCGGAGUGUAUUUUAUUAACCAUAAAUAUCAUUCACAGACUGGUGUUCACCUUCAGCACGCUGUAAAUUUGGUUUAAAUGAGAGAUUUUAUUCUUGGAUUAAGGAGACUUCACACAAGAUUUCUUAGUUAUUAUUUAAUUUAAUAUGUGAAGGAAUGUAGUGAGAGAGAUUCCUCGAGCAGAAUUAUGUUUUAAGACAUUUUAGGUUUUGAUCACAAGGUUUUUAAAAAGUUAAAAGAGGAUCCAGCUUCUCACCAGCUGCUACGACUCUUCGUUUAAGGAAAACAUAAAUGUCCUGGAUGUUGAUUAUUGAGCUUCACAGUGGAUUUUACUCAAUGUAAAAUAAAUUGUAAAUAAAUAAAUGUAUAAAAUUG